AUGUUUAAUAAGAGUAAGCUUAGUAGCAGCUUCAAUAAUGGCAUCAAUAACAACAAUUACAACUACAUCACCACGACCAGAAACUGCUACGACCACAAAAUAUAUGAAUUCUUUUUUGCUGCUGUCAGCAACAGCGGCAACAACAACAACAACCGCACCAGCAACAACAACGAAAACAACAACAAUAACAACAACAACAAUAUCCAUAAUGACAUCAACGUCGACAACAACAACAUCAACAUCUACAAAAACAUCAACAACAACAUUAACCGCGAAACUUGGCACAUCAACAACAACAUUAACCGCAAAACUUGGCACAUCAUCAACAGCAACAUUAACCGCAAAACUUGGCACAUCAUCAACAACAACAUUAACCGCAAAACUUGGCACAUCAACAACAACAUUAACCGCAAAACUUGGCACAUCAUCAACAGCAACAUUAACCGCAAAACUUGGCACAUCAUCAACAACAACAUUAACCGCAAAACUUGGCACAUCAACAACAACAUUAACCGCAAAACUUGGCACAUCAUCAACAGCAACAUUAACCGCAAAACUUGGCACAUCAUCAACAACAACAUUAACCGCAAAACUUGGCACAUCAACAACAACAUUAACCGCAAAACUUGGCACAUCAUCAACAGCAACAUUAACCGCAAAACUUGGCACAUCAUCAACAACAACAUUAACCGCAAAACUUGGCACAUCAUCAACAACAACAUUAACCGCAAAACUUGGCACAUCAUCAACAACAACAACAACAACAGCAGCAGCAGCAAUACUCAGCAACGAUAUAACCAUACAACACUACAACUCUUUACAAAACGACCGCCUAAGGCCACUAGACGUCUGGUAGAGACAGCAAGGACGGCUACAACAACUGGUACGACAUUAAUGACAAUAACAGUCUUCCCAGACAUCGGGAGAACCAAAUACGAAGCCAACUCAACUCUCGACGACAACGACUUCACCAACGACAACAAAAGCAGCCCUGCUCCCGACGCCAACAACAACAGCAAGGCCAAAUGGAGUCAGAAAUCUUUGAGAUUUUCCUUGAAAAUAGAGAAUCGGAUAAUUUUCAUAUUCAUAAUAACGUUUAUAGUGAUGUUCUUUCUCGGACUAGGAGCCAUGUAUCUCUACAGGAAAUAUCAACAGGAGAAUUCCAAUGGUUGUGAGACAUUAUUAUAA